GAAGAUGAAUUUGAGUUUCGUCGAGAUCUCUUCCUCAACAAAUUGCAAUCUCGGCCCAAGAAAAAGGAAGAAGAUAUGGGCUUCGGAAAAUAAAGAAUGGGCUUUUACUAAACGACAGUGCAUGCAUCAGCAACGUCUCCUCAGUUACUUGAUUUCCAAUACCGUGGUUAGGUCUUUUCUUUGGCCGGAGAAGGAAAUCGGAAUCGGAGAGAUGGAGAGAAUCCAUGUUUCAGUCAGAGCAAGGCCAAUUUCCGAAGAGGAAGCAAAGACGAGCCCGUGGAAGACUUCUUCCGAUACAAUCUUCAUCCCGAAUCAUACCGCAUUCAAAUUUGAUAGGAUUUUUAGAGAAGAUUGCAAAACUAUCGAUGUGUAUGAAGCUAGAACUAAGGAGAUUGUGUCUGCUUCGGUUCGUGGUUUCAACGGAACUGUUCUUGCUUAUGGACAAACAAAUAGUGGUAAGACACAUACAAUGAGAGGCUCACCUCUUGAACCUGGAAUCAUCUCUCUUGCUGUUCAUGAUUUGUUUGAUAUUAUUACUCAGGAUGCGAGCAGAGAUUUUUUGCUGCGUAUCUCGUAUUUGGAGAUUUAUAAUGAAAACAUUAAUGAUUUGUUGGAUCCUUGCAACCGGAAACUUCAGAUUCAUGAGAAUCUUGAGAAAGGAGUGUUUGUUGGUGGUUUAAGAGAAGAUUUUGUUGAUUCCCCUCAACAAGUUCUUGAUUUGAUGGAACUUGGAGAAUCUCAUAGACAUAUUGGGGAGACUAAUAUGAAUCACUACAGCAGUAGAUCUCAUACUAUCCUUCAUAUGAUUAUAGAAAGUAGACAGAGGAGGCAAGAUGAAGGUGUUGGAAACGUUUGUGAUGCAGUCCGUGUUUCUGUUCUUAAUCUGGUGGAUCUAGCUGGUUCAGAACGGGCUGCAAAAACUGGUGCAGAGAGUGUUAGGCUGAAAGAAGGCACACAUAUAAACAGAAGCUUGAUGACACUCGGGACCGUUAUUAAAAAGUUGAGUGAAGGAGUUGACCGUCAAGGUGGACAUAUCCCAUAUAGAGACAGCAAGCUUACUAGGAUCUUGCAGCCAGCUUUAGGUGGAAAUGCAAAUACAGCAAUCAUAUGCAAUAUAACACUUGCACUGGUUCAUGUAAAUGAAACCAAGAGCAGUCUUCAAUUCGCUAGCCAAGCACUGCGUGUCACUAACUGUGCACAUGUUAAUGAGAUAUUGACUGAUACUGCAUUAUUAAAGCGCCAAAGUAAGGAGAUAGAGGAGCUCAGAUCCAAACUUAAGAACCUUUUCUACUGGCAUCUUAUUUAUGCUUCAAAGAUUGAAAACGAGUUAAACAGAGUUCAAAGGGAGUAUGAGGAUCUUCUCGUGCAAUAUGAAACCGAGAGAACCAUCAACGAGAUACAAAUUGAGUUUCUUAAGGCAAAGUUGGGUGAAGCAAAAAGCAACCAUUUAGUAUGUGAAGUCCUUGGAAAUAUGCACCACGAUGAGAACGUUGUAAUCAGGGAUCCAGAAGCUAUUCUUGUUGUUAAGCAACUCAUAGAUAAGAUAGACAAGCUGGAAAUGGAGAAGUCUUCAUUGAAGCAAAAAGUUGUUGAUACUGAGACUGAGAAGCUUCUUUGGCAAGAACAGUGUGUUGAUCUGCAGAGCCAAAUAGAAAAAUUAAAUCAGGAAGCCCAAAAAGAGCAGGCAUGUGGUUUCACACCAUGUACAGAUUCAAUCGAAGUCAGGGGAUGUAGUGGAGCACCAGCGGAAGCAACAGAGGCUACAUUUUCAGCAAAAAUCGUCGAUGUUGAUAAAAUUAUCGAUGUUGAUGAAAUCAUCUAUCUUGAUGACGACUAAUGAUGGGAUUCCAGGUAAAAAUCAUUCAG